CCAACGGGUCGAAACACCCAGACCAACAACCUCUUAACACCUUAACGAUCUAUUAACGUCGUCCGUCUAUUUCACCCCUCUUCUCCCUCUUCGGAGAAACCACAAACCCUAACCCCAACGACCUCCAAUGGCUUCAUCACCACCACUCAUCGAACCAAUCACCGCUAUCGCCAACGGCGACACUCUGAUCACUUCCGCCGCCGUAACUUCUCCCGCCACUACUGCCGCCGUAACUUCUCCGGCUACUCCCGCCGUCGUAACUUCUCCGGCUACUCCCGCCGUCGUAACUUCUACGGCCACUACCGCCGUCGUAACUUCUCCCGCCACUCCCGCCGUCGUAACUUCUCCCGCCACAACCGCUGAAGACCUAGCCAAAUUCGAUCCAAAUAACCGGCCGGAGAAGAAGCAGAAACUUGAUUCCGGCGCCGGCACCGGCGACGAUCACCGGAGAGAGCGAGAGGAAUGGAGCGGUUCCGAAGUGACGAUCCUUCUUGAUUCGUUCACGGAGAAGUAUAUUGCGUUGAAUCGGACCAAUUUGCGACGGAAGGAUUGGGCAGUGGUGGCGAAUUUGGUUGCUGAGGGUUGCGAUAAACAGAAUCGGAAAAGUAUUGAACAAUGUAAGAAUAAAGUUGAUAAUCUGAAGAAGAGGUAUAAGUUAGAGACUCAGAGGAUGGAGAGUGAUGUAGGGAGUGUUAGUAGCUGGAUUUGGUUUAAGAAAAUGGAUUAUCUGUUUGGAGCGGCUACGGUGAGUGAAGCUGCUGUGAGUGAAGCGGCUGUGGCUACGGUGAGUGAAGCGGCUUCGGAUGAUGAUAAGUCGGCUGGAUUGUCGUCUGCGAACAAAUUAAGGCGGUCUACAAGGCUUGCUCCUCAAAAUGGCCUUGUUGUUAUGAACAACAAAAAAUCACUUCCAAACGUGAAAUGGAAAAGGGUAGUCUUUAAAGUUAGCGGCACUGCAUUAGCCGGAAAUGGUCAAACAAUUGACCCGAAGGUGGCUUUGCGAAUAGCCGAUGAAGUAGCUACUGCUUCCCGAUGCGGUGUAGAGGUGGCUAUAAUUAUUGGAGGUCGUAACUUCUUUUGCGGAGAUUCAUGGGUGUCGGCAACUGAUUUAGACAGGCCUACAGCUUACCAAAUCGGCAUGAUGGCAACAGUUAUGAAUUCAAUACUGCUUCAAUCAGCCCUAGAGAAAUUAGGUAUUCCAACACGCGUUCAAAGUGCUUUUGUGAUGCCAGAAGUUGCUGAACCGUAUAACCGGCUACGAGCCAUGCGUCAUCUCGAUAAAGGAAGAGUUGUUAUUUUCGGUGGAGUCGGGGCCGGAACCGGGAAUCCACUUUUUACUACCGAUACAGCUGCUGCUUUAAGAGCCACUGAGAUCAAUGCAGAUGCUGUCGUUAAAGGUACAAAUGUAGAUGGCAUCUUUGAUAAGAACAACAUCAAACUGGACCGACUUUCCUUUCGUGAUGCUGUUUUUAGAGACGGCACCCCCUUGGAUUCAAUGGCAAUACAGUUUUGUGAAGACAAUGCAAUUCCCGUUGUCUUAUUUAACAUGCUGGAACCCGGGAAUGUUUCGAAAGCGUUGACUGGAAAACAAGUUGGUACCUUGAUUGAUCAGUAACACCCCCUCACCGACUUGACUCACCGGGAACCUGUCUGCCCAUUUUAGUUCGAGUCUAGUUCUAGUAAAUCCGUUAGGUCUAAUGUUCCUGGAGUUUAUUUAUUUUGUACAUUAUUAUUGUCUGCAGUUUUAGUAAAAUAAAUUAUGUAAUCGGUAGUUGGAGUACUUGAUUGAGUAUUUGAAUGGAAAUAGUUUGAGGCUAGUGUAGAUUA